GCCACUGCUGACCGCCUUGGGGGUCUCCAAGGAAAACUGGGAGCCUACAUCGGAAUUAUCAGCGACAGCAUGGAUCCAAAGUUGGGAGGCAUUAAGGAAAAGGAGGCAGCGCUUGCUGAGCUGAUGCAAGUGCAUGAGAAGAUUAAUGCCAGUAUCCAGGAAUUCCAGUCAUUCGAGAGAAUGUGCCGUCGUGAGGAGGAGGUAUUUACUGCGUACAUUGUUACCUGA